AGACGAGACGAGACGAGACGAGACGAGACGAGGCCACGCUGAGCGAUUAGACAGUUGAUCCGACCGAAGAAGGAAGGAGCGCGCCCACCACAUGUGCCGCAUUGAGCACCGCCGCAACCACAUCCCGCAUCAACAUAUCAAUUGUUAAUCGUCAAUCGUCAAUCCUUCCUCCUCUUUGCGCCAGCUGUCUGCUGGCCCGGCCACUAUGGCCGUCUUCUCACUCAUCAUCAUCAACAAGGCCGGCGGUCUCAUCUAUCACCGGGAGUUUCAGGCAGGCCUCCAGCGGCUCUCGACGAACGACUACCUAGUCCUGGCGGGAACCUUCCACGGCGUCCAUGCCAUCACCCGCUCCAUCACCCCCCAGAUCCCCUCCGCCUCCAACAUCAGCAACACAUCCGGCACAUCAACGCCUACAACGAAUAAUCCGUCAUCGAGCACGUCGCUCCCGAACCCAGGCCUGCCGAAGUCUGGCAUCGAAGUCCUCGAAACAGAUCGCUUCCGCCUGAGCUGCUUCCAGACCUUGACCGGCACAAAAUUCCUACUGUUCACUGAUCCCCUGAUGCCAAACAUCGAUACAGUACUGAAAAAGGUGUACGACUUGUAUGCGGACUAUGUGAUGAAGAACCCGUUUUACCAACUAGAAAUGCCCGUCCGCUGCGAGGCUUUCGACCGGCAUCUGGGCACUUGGCUGCGAGGCAGGACAUAACGAUCGAUAUAGAGAUGAAAUACUAAUGAAAUGACGAUAUCAAAAUCGAGCAAUCUAUACAUGCACA